UUCACAAACGUGACCCGAGUUGAACCGGGUUCCGAGCCCUGCGAAAAUUGACAAAUAAAUAAAUUAAUUCAUUUUAAACCAUAAACAAAACCCUAGCCUUCUUCUCUCGCUCGCAAGCAGCAGCAGCAGGAAGAAGAAGCACCUCCAUCUGCAAUGGGGAUCGAUUUGAAAGCAGGAGGCAAGUCCAAGAAGACAAAGCGAACCGCCCCAAAAUCCAAUGAUAUUUACCUCAAGCUUCUCGUCAAGCUCUACCGUUUUCUGGUUCGGAGGACUGGGAGUAACUUCAACUCUGUUAUCCUCAAGCGUCUUUUCAUGAGCAAAGUCAACAAGGCACCUCUUUCACUCUCUCGGUUGAUUCGUUACACCAAGGGAAAGGAGGGUAAGAUUGCUGUAGUUGUUGGGGCUGUCACCGAUGAUAUUCGUGUCUAUGAAGUACCUGCACUGAAGGUUGCUGCUCUAAGGUUCACCGAAACUGCCAGAGCUAGAAUUGAGAAGGCCGGUGGUGAGUGCCUCACCUUCGAUCAGCUCGCUCUUAUAGCUCCUCUUGGCCAGAACACGGUUCUUCUUAGAGGUCCUAAGAAUGCUCGAGAGGCUGUCAAGCACUUUGGACCAGCUCCUGGCGUGCCACAUAGUCACACCAAGCCAUAUGUCCGUUCUAAUGGAAGAAAAUUUGAGAAGGCCCGAGGAAAAAGGAAUAGCAAAGGCUUUAGAGUUUGAGUUAUGGAACUCAAACAUGAAGGGCCAUUCCUUUUAUCUUGUGAUCUUUUUGUAUUUUCCCCCCUUUGUGCUGUUGGAACAAUUUAUUUUGCAUUCUAUAUCUAGGGAAAAAAGAAUGAAGCGCCCUCUGCGAACAAUUUUGUUUUAGCAUUCUUUCUACUGAACUUCUGAGAGGAAUUAAUGAGUAGCUUUUGUUCUAGUAAGGAGCAAUUGUACGACCAUUUCUAUUGUUUUUAGUCGUUGAACCCUCCCUGUUGGGCUGUUUGAUUGCAUAGAGAGAUUCGUUGCGCUGUGAUCAAUUUACCUGUCGGAAUUGAUAUAUUUAAAUUGUUAAAAUAUGGUAGUUUGUAGUAUGAAUUUGAAUUAUUCACAAA